CUUGUACCAGGUGACUGCAAUACCUGUAAUAAUGGGGAAUCAGUCCCAGGAGGAGAAACCAAACCCUAGCCCUAAAUCAAGUUCCUUUAACAAGAACAACAUUGACUCACUGAAGAGGAGGAAGAGCGAAUUCGAGUUUUGUAAGGCGUGCAGACUGAAUCACAACCAAGGGCAGCGCCAUAAGUACUUUCCCAGCCACAAAAAAUCCACCGCCGACUUUCUUGCUCGAUUUCGUACUAAAACUGAAGACAUCCGCUUCUUCUUGAAAAAUCCCAGCGUUCUCCCGUCUGAAUACGCUUCACGUAGUCGAUUUUGGUGCAUCGUAUGUGAUGAGGAAAUCGAUGAGCUGGAUAGCUCCUUCGCUUGUUGCAAUGCAAUAAACCACCUGGCAAGUACGGAUCAUUUGAAGAAUUUGAAGCAUUUCCUGUGGAAAUACGGGGUUGGAAUGGACCGGGUUGACACAUUUAGGAUAUUGGAGACUGAUGUAUCAAAGUGGGAGAAAAAGUGUCAGUUGCUGAAAAGUGAAGCUUCUUUACAUGGUCAGGGUUCACAUGGGUUUCUACAUGGACCAUCAAAUAAUAUCCACAAUGAACUUGAACUUAAAAAUAUAAAUAACUUUGAAAAUAAUGAUAAUCAACCUCUUAAAAGUUCUUCAAAUUCUGUUAUGCCUUUACGGUACUAUACGGGUGAGUAUCAGAUAUCUCAUUCAGGGCUUCCUGGAGCUACAAAUUCUGGCUCAAGUCUGCACGGUCAUACUUUCUGCCUAUCCAUGGACAUGCAUUCUGGUAGUAGUUUAUGGCAUUCAAAUGAUUUAACCGUUAACCGAUCUAGCCAACAACCUCUUCCUUAUAGUAGUAGAGUGCUCUCUGGAAAUUGUUAUCGAGGUACUGGAGAGAUGUACCAGGUGCAUCAGGACAAAAAAAUGGUGCGUGUGGACACUGCUUCUUUGGUGGCUGCAGGAAAUGUGCAUUCUGGAGCACCACCUCCUUGGUUGGAUGCAGCGGAUGGAAAUUUAUUCAAUGAUCAAAUGGAACUGGCCAGAGGCAACAUUGAUUUUCCUACUAAGGGAUCGGGCAAGUCCCGUAAGCUGAACCCUAAGAGAGUGGGAGCUGCUUGGGCUGAAAGGAGAAAGAUGGAGCUGGAGAGGGAGAAGAGAGGAGAGGUUAUUGAGGAUGAUUGUGAUGCUAACUGGCUUCCAAACUUUGGUAGAGUUUGGCAAUCAGGUAGUCGAAAAGAAUCCCGAAAAGAAUUCGAGAAUGAGAAACAGAAGUUACUCAAGCAUGAAAGUAGUUCUGAGAUGCCUUUAGAGAUACAGCCUUAUGUUAGUAAACGAAUGCAAAGAGACAAGGGCCAGUGCUGAUUCUAGUGAUUUAUGUUGAAAUGAAAAGUGACCAUGUUAAUAUCAAUGUAAGAAAAUUCAUUCUUUUAUCCAUCUUCCAUUGUUGAUGUUAUGAACAUCUUUUAAGAUUUUUAUGAAGAGAAGCAUUAAGGUUGCUGUGAGCUUUGGGUAGGAAAAAGUUAGUUACAUGUAAAUGUUUUUUAGAUAUUUUUCGAGUGGAUUUCUGGCAUUUCCAUGUGGGA